UUCUCUAGCCUAGCUUUCAUUUGAUGUUUGCUUGGAUUGGGUGGAUCGGAACGUUCCAAAGAAAAGAAUCCAAUCUACAACCUCUCGUUUACAAGUCUCGAGUUCUUUCAUUAAAAGUGCUUCUAACAGUGAUCGUAAUUUGUGAAAUUGUAUAAUUAUUCCAAUUACAAUAUUUAUAUUGACCUAUAUGAUAUGAAAGUGUACAUGGGAGGAAACAAUGUAAAUCAUGAGUGUAUUUGAUCAAAACAAAGUUUGUUAGUGAGAUGAAACGGACACUUUUCAUUUUGUGACCUUUUACAUCCUCCAAAUCUGCUGUGCAUCAAUAUGGAUACUAAACGGCACAAUUCAAUACGGUAGCCGAUCGGCAAGCCUUUGAAUGUGGUUAACUAGUUGGUGCUAUAAGUUUUACAAUGGGGCCGCAAAAAGGCCCCGCCAUAAAAUUAUUAGAGCCGCUUUAGACCGUCAUAAAACGAUUAUACAAUUCGUUAAUGACAUCGUUAGGUAAAAUAGGUUCGUCAGGAGAUGUCGAUGAGGCCUCUGUGCACAGGCUGGUCGUCGAGCGAUGGUCGGGCUGAAAGCGAUGCCAGGUGGAGUCGUGCUCGGUCCUCUGGAGGAUCGCGUGAGCGUCUCGGCGGGUUCAGCUAGUGAGCAGCCGGCUGUCGCGGCGUGUGAUGUGCGUGCGCGAUGUCAAGCAAGCCCGCGAGUGUGGGCGCGUGCGGGGCGGCAGGCGUGGCGGGCGCCGGCAACCCGCGCGUGCUGGUCUACGUGGCGGACCGCCCGCGCCAGCUAGAGCCCGGCGCCGCGCCCCCGGAACCGCAGCCGCCCGACCUUCUCUACCUUCCUGACAAUCUACCCCACCAAGUUCCCAGAAAUCCUAUCUACAGACCCCAAAUAGAACAAAACGACUUGAGGAAUUCAUCAGGGGCAAUCUUCUACAAAGCUGGUAAUGAUGCUGAAGGGAAAAUUGGUGUCUAUGGCACGAGUGAGAAUCCUGGUCACCGGACUGAUUAUUUACCUGUAUCACAACAAUUUGUUGAAGAGCCUUGUUUGAAAACUGAUGACAAAUUGAGUGACCGUUUAUGUGGUGUUAAUGUUAAGAGGGACUCAACUAACCAAGUGAGUGUGGACUUAAAUAGUGUAGACACUUUAAAUGCAAGGACACCUGCAGAAUCUGCAGAAUUAUUGUUAUAUCAGAGAAGAGGCUCUGUGUCCGUGGGUGCAGAGAGUGUUAUGCCUAUGCACCCUCUUGCACUGCGUCAUGGGCAGGGUCAAUUUAAUGAUAAUGUUACAAUACAGAGUGGUGAAAUAGUAAACAGUGGUGAAGGAGAAGUGGCAAUUGGCAGGAGUUAUGUGAACUAUCAAUUGUUAGAACAGAGUGUGUCUCAUCAAUCUAUAGUCAAUCAAAGUAUUAGUAUACUGAAUCAACAAGUAGGUGUGAGCCGAGUGGUGGGUGAGAGUGACAGUGGAAGUAGUGCACAGCUUGUCCGCACAGCGGAUGGGGUUGUGUUGGCAGUUUUGCCUUCAUCAGUGCUGCCUCAAGCUGCUGACUCAGAACCCAAGAGUGUUCAAAGUGAAACCCCACAAACUAUAGUUGUGCCCUUAGGCUGGAGAAGGAUAGUGAAUGGAGCAUCAGUACUUUACAUUAGCCCUAGCGGUACGGCGCUUAGUGCACUGCCACAGCUUCGGGAAUACCUACAGACAGCCGGUACCUGCAAAUGUGGAUUACCGUGUCCGCUUAGACCGGAGACAGCCUUCAGCUUCGAUCCUAAGGUCAUAAGCAAGCCGUACCAGCCGUCAUCUGGUGCGGAAUUGACGAAGCUGUGCAACCACAAGCGGAAACUGCUGGCGACGCUACAAGCGCGCGCGCAGUCGCCUGCGACGCCGCCGCCCAAUCACACCGAACAAAAGAAAGUGGCUGGUGCGGAGGUCGCCGUUUUGAAGAAGAAAAUGAAGAAGCGAACCGGCUUCCCGCCAAACAUGAGUGUGUCUCAGAUGAUGAUGCAAAGGGAAAGACCUUUCAAUGAUUUAAAGUCUCAAGACAUCGAUCAUAACAGGACUGCGUCGCCAGGAGUGGGCCCCCAACGGAAUAACGUACAACCUAACGUGCCCUUCGCACCCAUGCAGCAAAACCUUCCGAUUGCACCUCAGGAUGAUGUCAAACAGGAGACACAAGUGCAAAGGAGUUCCCACUACCUCACCGUGAGCAGUGGCUGGAUCACUCAACAACAACAAGAGAAUCUCGACCGACAAAGAACUCAACAGCCCCCAGUCCCGGCUACUCCACCUGUCAACGUAGGCUUGCCAGUACUAGGUACUAAUGGACAAAUCAUAGGCGUCAACACAGGGUACAACAAACAAAACCCAAGUUUCAAAAAUGUGAGCGUUAUCCCUCAAAACAUUGUUGAUCAAGCUCACAAAGACGAAAAGAAAGAAAUGAACCAUCAGAGCAAUGCCUCCAAAUACCCCGGCAAAGAAGAAGAGUCCCAAAUAUUUUGCGGAUUGAAUCAACCGUUGACACCGGAAGUCAUGCAAAAAAUUAACGAACAACAGCAAAUAUUUAUACAACAAAACCAAAAACAGAUUGAAUUAGCUAUGAAAGGUUUUAGAACACAACUGGCCGAUAAUGUUAGUCAAAAUAGACCACAGAAUCAGCCUCAGUAUGUGCCUCAAGGUCAACUGGUUAUACAAAAUGGUGCGGUUGUAAAAACGAAUCCGGCUAAAACUCCGCCUUGGCAAGUGAAAAGAAACGACUCUAAUGCUCCUAUUGUUAGCCCCACUCCAAAGCAGCAGAAAAUGGAAAAUGUUGAUUAUGAGGAGUCAAACACAAAUAUAUCAGAUGAUUCCACAGGUUCUUAUGGUUCCUUUACUAAUAACGAACACGCCAUGAAUCAAGCCAUGUGUUCCCGUGUGCCUCCGUUGCCACAGCAUUACAAUAUGCUAAGUCAGCAGUGGCCAAGUGUCGACGUUAGCAAGAAAAAGCUCAAAAACAAUAGCAAAGGGUCUAAAAAGAAGGCAGGAUCUACCGAGAGCAAAGGGAUGGCCUUCGGUAACAACGGCACGAGGAUUGUCCAAGACGUCAAAGGGGAUGACGUCACAAACAGUAACGUGCCGUCUUUCAUGGACGACCCUAACGGGUAUUUAGCACAGCAAACUGUUUUGUUGAAUAAUACAAUUUCAAGACAAGUAGGAAUGAAUUCUUCUCUAGAUAAUAAUCAAUUUGACAAUUGCAAUAAUUGCUUCAAUCCUCAAAAUCAGGGAGAUAAAAUGUGUAAACCAAAUACAAAAUCUGAAAUGAACUAUAGGGGUAACGUAGUUCCUAAUCCUUCGCCUUCUCCACAUAACACACCAGACAGCAGUGUUUUACUGGAGAAAAAUAUUGAAAAUCUUCCCCAUUGUUAUAAAGGGCAUAUGCCAAUGAAAAACAGCACAGAUUUUGUUGACAAUCAAAUGAGGCUAAAAUAUAUGAAACAUAAUCUGUAUAAACCUGAAAUGGAGAGUAAUAUUGCUACAUCUAGUCCUAAACAUAGUUUCGAAGAUAAUCCCGUGACGUCGUCAACAUUUAUUGAGCGUAGUCCGAUCGUAAACGAUAACUGUGGCCCGAUUCAAGCAGGAACCGUGAGCACGAGUAACGUGUCGCCCACAGAGACGUUGCAACCGCCAGAACCUUCUCCCACGUUGUCUAACAGUUCCCGAAGUACUGACACUCCGCACAGCAACGGUAGUGGUAGCUCACAAAUGCCCAAUUGUACAUUCCCUAUGCCGAGUCCGGCGUAUUCUAAUUCAUCUUCCUUUAGAGAAAAUUUUAAUAGUAAUCCACCGACGCCUGGUAGCAGCCAAGCUUACCAUUUUAAUUCUCCUGGACCGCCUAGUAAUCAGACGAUAACCGGGACACAAAUGAUGCAUUUCAUAUCAAAUCACAAUGUAAAUAAAAAUCUAAUGGAGGUAGAUAACAUAUCAAUGGUAGGUGUAAAGCCUGGCUUGAAACCUCCACACGAAUUAUUUAGAGCCGAUCGAAGAAGAUUGGAAAAUGCUAUGCCGGGAUAUUGCCCUCCCCCUCACUUGGGAGGCGGUCCCGCACAUUCUCUAAUACAAGCGUGUUAUGUACAAACAUUCGUGACAACAAUGGCCAGUGGAUUUUCUGUUACUCGCGAUACGAUGACUUCAGUAUUAGCGGGUAAAGCGAACACCGCCACAACUUCAAUCAACGCCUCCCAAGCAAACUUUGUCCGACCUCCCCCUCCGCCUAGUGUCAAUUUAGCGACCAGUUACGCCAUCCCAAACAAUCAGCCCGAUCCAUUCAUAAACUCGGUCAAUUUACCGACAAGUUACCCACUGCACAUAGCCGGAACUACAGCGCAAAACAUGAUAUCAAAAUCACCUUUAGAAAUGGUUCAAAACGUUAUAGGCAGCUUACCUUCUAAAUUGGAGCCGAACAAUUCUCAACCCGUACGAAGAGCAAUGGCCACCACUCCAGGGCAGAUCCUUAUAUCAUCAACCGGGCAAAUAAUCGUGUCUAAUAAUCAGAUGCCACCACCACCACCAAAGACAACAACGGCAGUAUCUCCAGGACAUAGCUCUGGUAUGGUAACGAAUGUUACUACAUCUAUAACACAGGUUGUCCCGGGGGUUGGAAGCGUGCAACCUAUUGUGAACCAACCCACUGUCGUCGUCAACACCUUGCCGACUCCAUUCGUUUUCCAACCUCCUAUGAUGGCCGUCGACGGUCAAGUAGUUCAACCAAAUGCUGUCCUGCCGCAAAUUGUGGCAGGGGGAAUCGUGCCCGGCCAGUCUCCGAGCGAAAGUCAGCGACCGAUGGACGUUAAAAAUGGACAAAAUUACGUACAAGGAGUGGCUAUGCUGUCUCCCGAAAGUCUCAAAAAGAGAAGUAAGAAAAAGAAAAAUCAGCCUAACAUCACGAACGUUUUACAAAUUGCGGCACCGCCACAAAAUCCUAAUAAUCUGAUGGUUCAUCAUACGUCCCCGCAGCAUAACACUAGCCCCCAGUUUUCGCCGCGGGGUUUCCAAUUGUCGCCUAAUAAUAAUAUUUCUCCGACGCCGGUACUGCAAGCUUUAACUAUUGUUCCUGGAAAAUCUGGCACUCCGGCUCAUAUAGUCAUGAAUGGCCAAGGAAAUGCCAAUAACUUUGGAUCUCAACAAAUAAUCACGAAUACGUCACCAUCACAACAAAUUAAUUUACUGCAACCAGUAAACCUGAUAAAUAAUGCAAGCAGUGUGAUGCAGAAUUUCCCAGCAUUCCAACAGUUUAUUGUGCCAAAUCUCGGCGGAAUGGUUAUGACAGCGGACGGCACGGCUAUAAUACAGGACAAUUCGACGGGAAUGCCGGUUCAGUUGCAAUUACAAACCGUGAACGGUCAAAAUGUGCUGACGCCGGUGCAAAAUCCUGGAGUGUUCGCUGCCGGCGCCAACGGUGGUGUAGUUAUCAGAGCUCAAAAUCAACAAGGGAAGAUAAUACAAUCACAACACAGUCCAGGGGCUCAGUUUUUGUCCCCUAAUAAUCAAAUGAUGAUGAACAGUCCCGGAUUCAAUGGUCAAUUAAGUCCUUUACUAGCUAACUUGAGUCCAACAAACGUGGCAUUCAAUACGAGUUCCCAAGUGAGAUCGAGUAACGUGCAAGCUCAAGAGUUCAUUCAGACCAAUCAAAUGGGACAAACGUUAAUGGUGCCGCUAUCGCCGAAGCAAGUGUCUAUAGCGGCAACUAACAACAGGAGUAAUUCUACGUUCGUGCAGCAAAAUACUACUAUAGUCCAGCAGCAGACGACUCUGGUGUCUAACUCUCACAACACUCACACGUCGAUUACUACGAAUUUGCAAGGGGGGAACGCUCCGCGGUUGUUAGACGGGGGCGCGUCGCUCGCGCUGAAGCAGCACGCGAAGGCGAAGAGUUACAAUUAUAUGCAAGAGCUCGCCGAUGAGACGAAAGAGGACAAGUUUAACGAGGAGAUUAAGUCGGAGGAGGGGAAGUUUAUGGAGUUUCCGGCGGGCGGGUUCAACUACGUGCGGCACUCUGUAUCCACGCAGACGCUGGUGAACCAGCGCAAGUCGCCGCUGGUGGCGGGCGCGGGCUCGCCGCCCGACACCACGACGCUGAGCCCGCUGGGCGCGCUGGAGCCCGCGCGCCCGCCGCCGCCGCACUACGCCGACACCACCACGAGCUCGCCCGAGCCCGAUAAUAACUCCUCGGCUAUGGUCCAAUGUGUUUCAAGUAGCGAGCAAGACAUGGCGGAGUCUCGAGAACAAGUGUGGCCUGCCGCUCGGAACGAAUUCCAUUCUGAUACUGAAACACAUGGCUUGAUGUCAAACGUGCCCCUGGUGCGUCAGUCCCGCUCGCACAAUCCGGUCGAGUCUACCGAAAUGCACUACAACCAAAACAUGAACGCGGCCGCCAACAACAAUCAGCACGUCAUGCCAGUCUCGUCCAACUACUACGACAGAACACACGGUUACAAGCGGAAGAAUGAUUUCGGGGACGGAUCAUCUUACAGGACAGACAAAAUCAUGAGAACUAACUACAACAUGGUCCAUGCCAUGCCGAAAGAUUCAGAUUACGACAACAUGGGUAUUACUUCGGAUAAAAUUCAAGCCAGGCACUUCCCAUCUUCAGGGAGUAACAUGGAUAAUGCUUCAAUGCAAAAAGUAUAUGACAGACGUAAUUUAGGUUCUGGCGACGAUGGUCAACAGCCGGCCGAGGCGGACGGCGAGGCGGAGGCGGAGGCGGAGGCGAAGGAGGAGGAGGAUCGCGCGGCCAACAGCGGGCGGCGGUUCGCGGUGGGGGACGUGGUGUGGGCGGGGGUGGCGGGGCACGCGUCGUGGCCGGCCGCCGUGGUGGCGCGCGGCGCGGGCCCGCAGCGCUGGCGCGUGCGCUGGUUCGGCGCGCCCCCGCCCGCGCCCGCGCCGGCCGAGCUGCCCGCCGCGCGCCUGCUCACGCUCAGCGAGGGGCUGGAGGCGCACCACGCCGCGCGCACCAAGCUUAGGAAGAGUAGAAAACUAAACACGCUUCUCGAGAACGCUAUACAAGAGGCGAUGGCAGAGCUUGAUAAGAAAAGUGAGAAAACACACACACGGGUACAAGAGGCCGAAGAGGCAGCGCCAGGCGCUCCCAUCGCCGAAACUCCCAAACGGAGCAGAAAACAAGAGAAAAAAAGCAAAGAGAAGUCCAAGAAAGUAAACAAGACUUCAAAGUCAGGAGACACCACAAGACUAAGGAGCUCGCGAUGACAACCGUAUGUUUCACAUGAAUAUAUAGUACAGGCAUGUAAUUUUAUGUGGCAACUGAUAAAUAAUGUAUUAACAGCGCAGUUUUAAUUUACACACAGUUUUUAUGGUCAUUAACAGUUUGAGAAUGUCUGUUCUAUAUUAUAUAGCUCUUCAUCUUAACUCAGAUAAAUAAAUUUCUUUAAGUGGGUUUAACUCCGUCCCCGCGCAUAGGCUUAAACAAGUUUUUGCGCCUUGCAUACGUUGCUAAUAAUGAACUUUAAUAAAAUUGAUUCAGUUUACAUAUCUUUUGGCUUCUUCUAGGUACUCUCGUAAAACGGCUGUUAUUAUUUUAUUUGACAGUUUUUCCAGGUUUUAAAGAUGAGGAUAUUAUAGUUUGUCGCCCUGCCGUAAAAAGAUUAUAUACUUUUGAAUCAAUAUUAUAAAUAUAUAAGAACUUGAUUAUAAUUUAUUAUGGCUUUAGCCAUACCUAAACUUCGUAAUGGAAUUCCUAAGUGUAAUAUGUGUACCUUUCAAUUGAAAUAAAACGAGGAUUUCAUGAUUCUUAACAUCUUAUAGUUAAACAGAAUGCUGCUCCAACGCGCAUCAAACCCAAGAUAGUACUAUUGAUGUUUUUCUCGUAGUUUUAUACAUCUCAAGUUUCAUCAGUAUUCAGCGGCUGCGGCAAGUGUUUAGAAUAGUCUUCUAAUAUAGAAAUUGAGAUUUGUAAUUUCUUUAAUACUAUACUGAUAAGUGAUGAUUUACCAUUCCAUAACAUAUUAAUUGGAAGUUUAUCGUAGGUUAAAUCCACGUCAGUAUGAUUCAAUCUUUGUUUAGUUCCUCUUGGGCGUCGGUAGUUUCAUAACUGUAAUGACGAAAAAUUUUCAUAAUCUGUUAUUAACAAAAACGUUUGUGUGUGGCAGUCUAUUGGUUGCCAGAAUGAAUGUUUGGUGUAAUACUUAUGUACAACAACAAUAAUUAAAAACAUUGUUGUUUAUAAUUUUAGUAAAUAAGAGAUAAAAGUAGAUUGCAGUCAAUCUCAUGUUAUCCAAAUAAGUUGAAAUUCACCCUGUCAUCGAUAUAUUGUACAAUCGUAGUUAUCUGUAAAUUGAUAAGAAAUUAUGGUAUAUGUCGUGUAAAUUAAUGUGUUUUAUUAGAGAGUUAUAAGUAUAACAUGAUUUCUAGUCAAAAUAUUGAGCAUAUUAAAACGUAGAUAUUUAUAGACGAAGGUAAAUGACAAUAACACUGGCCUGGCAUUUGUUGACGUCCUUCGACGACGUAUGUCUGUCAACAUUGUUUCGGUUACAUAUUGGAUAAGUACAGCAUAAUUAACUAUUACUUUCUUCAGUUAAUUAAUUGCGUUCUUUUGUUAAGUACUUUAUUCAAGGAAAGCUAGAUUUUUAUACAUAGAGCGGUUUAUACACGAGAAGCGUGGUAUCAAUUCAAUACAUAUUGAAAUAAUAAGUAUUUGCUAGCUUGCAGUAUCUUUAUACAUUUUAUACGUCAAUUCAAAUAAUAGGCCUAUUAUAUUAUUAUUUUAGGUCAUAUUGUAACUUUGUUUUGAAAUGUUUGGAGAGUUUUAGAAGGGUAAUUUGAACAAAUAUUUUUAUGUGAUAAAUCAAAAGACUCGAACCGGGCACAGUCAAACUAUAGAAUGCUAAAAUGUCACAUCACUUUUAAGAAUCACAUAAGUACUAACCUUGUCGUUAUUAUUUUUAUAUAGAAAAUAAAUUAUCACUGUAAGUGUCGUUUAAUUAAGUUUCUGUGGUACAAGGGAGAUUACUUUAAAACAUUUCAGAAAUGCUUUUUAAUCACAAUAUUCAAAUAACAUUAGAAAUAAAGAAUAAAAUGUAGGUAGAAUGUUAACGAUAGUUCAUACCAUGAGUACAUUUGCUAGGUAAUUUGUUAUUGACGGUCGUUGUUAGAUAUUAUCAAUGUGAAAAAUUACUUUAUGUGAUCUUUGAAUAUGUCCGGUAAAUAUAAUUAUAUCAAGGAAUUAUCAUAGCUUACUGUUUUUAUAUUAUCGUAUUUUAACCUUAGAGAUUCCACUUAAAACUCCUAAUAAAUGUGACUCCAAGAUAUCGAAAUAGUAUUUAAUGUUAAAUGGAUAUUGUUUAUUAUAUUGAUAGUCAGAUAGCAACUCCUCUAUGAGAUGGUAUUAUGUACAUAAUCUUACUGUAGUUAUGUAUAGUAUUUUAUUUCAAUGAAAUUAAUGUUUUAUAGACUAAUAUACAACAUAAGAUUAUUUAUUUGUUUUGCUGUGUACAUAUUUUUUUCAAUAAAAU